AUGCCGACAGUCACAGAGGAGCUGGUGGAUUUUCUUCACCACGGAAAUUCACAAAUCCGUCAAAUCGCUUGUGAGAACCUUGUCGGCUACUCUAUCGCUCAACCUAGCCUAUUCAAACGGCACCAAUUACUUCCUAUCCGGGAUCUGAAGCUGUUAACUCGGGACUACACCCCGAUUGCCAAGAAUGUUUUGACGAUCCUUGUCAAUCUCUCGGCCGAUGAAGAGAUUCUAAAGGCCUUAGCAGAGGAUGACGAGUACAUCGAGACCCUCUUGUUGAAACUGACGAAUGUCAAGGAUCCCAACGUCGAUGAAGCUGCCAUGCUUCUGGCCAACCUGGUCAAGUCCGAUUACCUCCAGAAAUUACAUACAUUGAAGCGCAGAGUGCCCGAGGGUGUCUCGACUUCGGAAAAUGCUAUUGAUCAGCUCAUGGAUUGCUUUGUAAAGGGUGCCGAAGGGGGUCUCAACAAGGACGCCAACUACGAUUAUUUGUCCUACUUCUUUGCCGACCUGUCCCAAACUGAGCAGGGACGGAGCUAUUUCACCACACGCCAAGAGUACGACGGAGUCGUUCCCAUCACCAAGCUGACGGUAUUCACGGAACACAAGAGCGAGAUUCGUCGCAAGGGAGUCGCAUCCACGAUCAAGAAUGUGGCCUUUGACGUCUCCUCUCACCCCAUGUUGUUCGGCGAAGACGAGGCCAACCUUUUGCCUUAUCUGCUCCUGCCUAUCGCCGGACCGGAGGAGUUCCCCGACGAUGAAAUGGCGUCGAUGCUACCAGAUCUCCAGCUGCUCCCGCCCGACAAGCAGCGUGAAAGUGACCCGACCAUUCUCACCACUCAUCUGGAGACAUUGCUGUUACUGACAACCACUCCCGAAGGCCGGGCUUUGAUGCGUGCGGUGCAGGUGUACUCAUUUAUCAGGGAGUGUCAUCUGAAUGUCGAGGAUGAAGGAGUGCGAGAAGCGUGUGACCGACUUGUACAGGUGUUGAUGCGAGACGAGGAAGGGGAGGGAGCUCAGACCGAGGCAGGUUUGGCCCAAGCCCAGGCCCAGAUUGAAGCCCCUGCCCCUGCAGAUGAAGAUGAAAAGGUGACGGAGUUGUUUUAG